AUGUCUACCUCAAAUCCUCAAGCUCUGGCCAGUCCUUCAAGCCAAUAUUCCUCACCCCCCAGGCUGUUAUAUAGCGGCCCUGUCCCAAAUCGCGAUAGACGUGCUUCUCCCCAACCUCGACGCGGCUACAGCCCCUCAUGGCCUGUCGAUUCCUCCUCGCCCCCACCUCUGCCCGAAUGGCGAGCCCGACGUCAUGUACCUGGAGCAUUCAAACACUACGACCAUCAUUACCAAGAGCCUUCUCGCCAAAUACAGAGUCAAAUGGGCUCCGAUGGCAGGCCAGGAUGGAGAAACGUGAUCAGCUCCAAUGAUGACUUUCCGGGAGCUUACAGAAGACUGAGAAGCCCCUCUAGAGGACGGGAGCACUUCAAAAAGGAUCCUCCUGUUGUCAAUCUUCCCCCAGAUGAUUAUCUCGAAUUCGCAAAGCCGACAAGCGAAAACAAAGACACUCUGAUAUCAGACAAAAUCAUACCCAAAUUGUUGGUUCUCGACCUGAACGGUGCUCUCGUCUACCGCCGAAGAUCAUCAGGCUCUACUCCCCUGCCGAGACCUUACCUGUGUUGUUUUCUGGAAUACCUCUUCCUUCCUGAACCAGACCAUGCAGACGGUCCACGCCCGUGGGAGGUGUUUGUUUGGUCCUCAGCCCAGCCGCAUAAUGUGCGGGCAAUGGUCGAGGCUUGUUUCGGGCAAAAAUGGAUUGAGGGUAUCUGGGAGGAUCAGACGGAGACAAGUGUUGAUGCUAUGAAGGGAGGGGAGGGCAGAUUAAUAGGUGUAUGGGCCAGAGACAAGAUGGGCUUGAGUGGGCAAGAUUAUUCCAGAAAAGUUCAAACGACCAAGAAUCUCAACCUUGUCAUCGAUCAUCUCAAUCAAACUACCCACUUCAAUCAACCCCUCUCCUUCUCCCAAAAGACAACGGUCCUCCUGGACGAUUCGCCCCUCAAAGCCGUUUUUCAACCGUGGAGCCAGAUCGUCAUUCCCGAAUUCGAUGAACAGGUCAACCUCACCAGUCGUUUGGCUGCAGGGAUCAACCCUAACUCUAGAGCCACACCCGACAAGGAAACCGCUGAGGAGUCUCAAGGAGAGAUGGACGAAGUGCUACUGGCUGUCGUUGGAAUACUCGACGAGCUACGCUACGUCUCCAACGUUCCUUUCUGGGUGAGGUCUGGCGGGCUGGACCUUGCUCUCAAUGUGGAUGGUGUCGAAGAACCGACAGUUGAAACACUUCCAUCGCACGAGACGUUCCAGCAUUGGUACAAAGACAAGGAGCUUCAUGCCAAGUGGGUGGAGAAGGGGAAGGAGGCGUUGAAGAGGAAGGGUAUAGAGGUCAGACAUGGAUUAGUGGGGAAUGCGGCGAGAUCACCAGGCUCGCCGAGGGAGCCGCGCUCUCCCAGACAGCCAUAUCCUGAACCCCGCCCAACACAAUCCGACAUCUCUUUAUCCUCCGCGACGUCCGACAUGCCGUUCGACAAGGAAGAGAGCGCUUUCGCGAGAAGAAAGAGGUUGGCCGAAGAGAGAGCUACGAAAGAAGCUGCCGGUAUCCCUCUGACACAGAAGGAGAAGAAGGAAGCCAAGAAAGCGCUGUCCAAAGCGCACCAUCUCUUCCUCAUAGGCCAGUCGCUAGCCAAAAGCCAAAGAGCCAUGGGCGAUCCAAUUCACCUGACUGGAACCAUUCUCCCAGACGUGAGUAUCACGCAUACGACGACUCUCUCCGGAGACAGGGAGCGCUUCCUCCUCGUCUCCCUUCUCCAGCCCACGACUACCCAGAGUCAUAUCGCCGAGAGAGGAAUUGGUCGCCCCCUCACCAACAUCAUCUCCCACCACCCCCUGCCCCUUACCUUCCUCCACAAAGGCAAGGCGACUACAGACACGACGCGCAUGGAUCCCCUCUACCCGGCCCGCGGGCACCGGCAGAAGGGUACUACUCUGAUCGACGCGACUGGCGAGAUCAUCGACCGCUUGCUGCAGAUGAUUCCCUGCCUGUGA